CCUCCCCCAGCGCUCCUGAUGUCACCACACCCGUAUAUACCUCCACCUGCAGACAGUACAGGAGCCGUGUGCUUACAGGACCUGCGAUGAUGUCACCGUCAUUUGAUCAGUCACAUGGAGGAGGAGGAGUCACAUGAUCAGGGGCUGCUGCUCUAUGUUCAUCUGCUCAGUGUAUGCAGGACUCUGCUGUCACAUGACCAUUAUCACAGGUCCUUCAACUACAAUCUCUUCUAUCCAGCACUACACAACCCCGCCCACAACUGUCACAUGAUCCUCCCCACAGGUCCUUUACCCACAGUCAUAUUUAUACUGCUAAACUUUGCCCCCAAAUGUACUGGUCACAUGAUUGUGACAUCAUCACAGGUCCUACACCUCCAGCAUGUAGCAGAUACAGAGCAGGUCCUGGUGGGGCAGUCACUGCUGUUGUGUUGUGUGUGGAGAUCUCUCAGAGCAGCAGCCCCUGAUCAUGUGACUCCUCCUCCAUGUGACUGAUCACAUGACGGUGACAUCAUCGCAGGUCCUAUAAGCACACAGCUCCUCUACAGAUACAGGUUUCUCCAAUCCAGGAUCCUCUGCUGAUAUCUUCUAUAUAAGAGAAUUCUCCUGGAUGACCCAUCAACCAUGGAGAGAGACAGGAACAAGAUGGCCGACAGGAUCAUAAACCUCACCCUACAGAUACUCUUCCGGCUUACUGGAGAGGAUUACACAGUAGUGAAGAAGUCCUCUAGUGGGCGCUGUCGGGCCCCUGUGUGUGAAGGAUGGGGAAGAACCCUGAGCCCAAUCCCGGGGCCCCCACCUCACUCCCUGAUACAUGAGGAAAUGGAUGAACAGAAGAUUCUAGAACUCAUCAACAAGAUGAUGGAGCUGCUGACUGGAGAGGUUCCUAUAAGGUGUCAGGACGUGGCGGUCUAUUUCUCCAUGGAGGAGUGGGAGUAUGUAGAAGGACACAAGGAUCAGUACAAGGAUCAGGUCAUGAUGGAGGAUCAGCAGCCCCUCACAUCACCAGUCAGAUCCAGUAAGAGAACAGCACCAGAGAGGUGUCCCCGCCAUCUUCUUCCACAGGAUGAUCAGGUAGAUGGAGAUAUUCCCUAUGAUCUGUAGAAGGGCUGUGAAGCUCUUGUGGUCAGUCUCCUCACCCUCCAUGACUCCUCAUCUCCUGCUCAUCUAUAACAUCACACGUGACUUCUCCUACUGUUUGAUGACUUUUACUAUAUUUCUUCCA